AUGUACAUCUACCUCGCUAUGAUUAAAGCGGAACAAAAAGCUCCCGUGGUUGCACUGUCGGAACUUAACAUUGUGACAUCCAGCGGAAGUAAACAAGCCUGGGACUAUGAGCCAACAGUGUCUUCAGUUGAGUUUCUGAGAGAGUUUGUCAAUGAGCGACUAACUGCUGCUGAAGAAAUAUUCGGAGUUUUCAGAAAAACUGUCCUCGAGUACGAAGAAGUGAUUGAUCGUCAGCGCAGACUGCUGGAUAUCGCUUGGAAACCCGAAAUACAGUUAAACAGGACAGAGCUCCCACAGCAACAUGUCUGUAAGGAAGAGGAGGUUCUCGCUGACCAGCAGCUCUGUAUUCAGGAGAGGAACUCCAGUCUGGACCAGGAGGACCCAGAGCCUCCACAGAUUAAAGAGGAACAGGAGGAACUCUGCAGCAGUCAGGAGGGAGAGCAGCUCGUACUGAAGCAGGAGACUGAUGUCUUUAUGUGGAUUCCUGCUUAUGAGGAAAGUGACGACAGUGAACCAGAACCAAACAGAGACCACCAGCUCCUCUCUCACAGCUCUCAUGUAGCUGAGAGUCAAGAUCAGGCAAGAGGCAAGCAUGAAAACUCAGGAUCAACUAGAGAUGCAGAGCCAGAAUCGAGACAUCAUGAAAACAGAAGUCACAGUAACAAUGUACACAACUCUACCAGGUCACAGAUUUACCAUAAUCCUCACACAGAAGGAAAAGGAGUUGAGGAGGAGGGUGAAGCUUGUCUGGGAAGGUCAAGGAAUCGGGGAAAUCCAGAGAUCUGGAACGUGAACAUCCAGAAAAUGAGGAGAAUGAGAGGCCAGACAAAUGGGGAUGCCAUGCCAGUCAGCGGCCUGCCAUAAGUCCACUAAAUUUUGCUGCAGAGAAGUAGAAGACUUGAAGAGGGAGGAAAUCUUUAAGUAUUUCUUGGGGAAAUUGGACUGGAAAGAAAGGGAAUUUUUUGUGAAGUCUUUGGUGGAUGUGAGCAGGGUAAAGCGGUCGAGGACAAGAGCAGACAAAUCCAGGAGGUCAGCAUCCAUUUUUUGUCACUUUGUAGUGGAUGGGAGAAGAAUCCGAGUGUGCCAACGUAUGUUCCUGUCAACAUUAGGCAUAAAGCAGUGGUGUUUUUUGAAGUGGGUAGGAAGAAGAGGAGAAAUUGUAGGUCCUCUUCAUCAAGGACGAACCUCUGUUUAAGUCCAUCAGUCGCCUCCACACAGAAUUUAAAUGUAAAUGCUCAGUAUUUGUAUAGCGCCUUUCUAGUCUUUUCGACCACUCAAAGCGCUUUUUACACUACAUCUGCAUUCACCAGUCAUACACAUUCAUACACUGAGCCUAAGUGCGGAAACGGAAACUAGCAUUCACACUCAUUCAGACACUGGCAGAAUAGCCAGGGCAGGCUUGGAAUCGAUAGUUUACCAACUGAAGGAUAGCCUAUUAAACGGUUCACUGAUGACCGUGUAAUGACUCUUUAUGUUGCUAAAUGUGUCUGAUUACAGUGUUUUAGGUCCAUUUUGUAAUUUAUUUUAUGAGAAAAACAGUUUUUCAUGUCCUUGAAAUAAACAAUUUUUGGAGCUA